GAGUCUUGAGUGCAGAGAGAGUCAGAGCGAGAGAGAGCAUUCUGUAACUGAGCAGGACAAGCGAAUGAGCAAGCCAGAGGCAGGCAGGGACUGACACACACAUUUCACACACACGCACACACACAAAGCGUGUGGUGAGGUUGACUCUAGUCGUGCGUUCGGGGAAGUCCACACAGCAGCUCACAGGGGAAGUGAAAGGAGUGCUGUUUCUUCACCCCUCACACUCUUCCUUUGUAUUCUCCUAACAGGGGUCUGCUCUGAUCCAUUAACUUCUCUGUUUUCCCAUUUGGUCACCUAUUUCUUUUUGUCUGAAGACAGAGCAGGAGCACCGCUGCCUCCCUGUAACCCUUCUUGCCGGUGGUGGAUGCUGAUGCUGUGAUACUGGCAGAGGAGCAGUCAGGCCCCCAGUGGAUGCAGUAAAGUGCUCUUUGAGGAAAAUCUCAAGCAAAGGUUUGCCAGCCAUGGGGAACCUCAUUAAGGUCCUUGGCAAGGAUUUAGAGAACUGUCCACAUUUUUUUCUGGACUUUGAAAAUGCCCAGCCCACAGAGGCAGAGACGGCCGUUUGGAAUCAAGUCAGUGCCGUCCUGGAGGAGGCUCAUGGUAUCCUAGCAGAGUUACAGUCCUACAGCGGAGCGGGGCAAGAGAUAAGAGAGGCUAUUCAGAACCCCAAUGACCUCCAGCUUCAGGAGAAAGCCUGGAAUGCUGUGUGCCCCCUGGUGGCCAAGCUAAAGCGUUUCUAUGAAUUUUCACUCAGGUUAGAAAAUGCCUUGCGCAGCCUGUUAGAAGCACUGACGAGCCCACCAUAUGCUCCAAUGCAGCACCUGGAGAGAGAACAGGCUCUGGCUAAGCAGUUUGCAGAGAUCCUGCACUUCACUCUUAGCUUUGAUGAGCUAAAGAUGACAAAUCCAGCCAUUCAGAAUGACUUCAGUUACUACAGGAGGACCAUAAGUAGGAAUCGACUGAACAAUCAGCAGUUAGAGGCAGAGAAUGAAGUCAAUAAUGAAAUGGCCAAUCGGAUGUCUCUGUUUUAUGCGGAAGCGACACCCAUGCUGAAAACCUUGAGCAAUGCCACAACUAAGUUUGUGUCAGAGAACAAGACUUUGCCUAUUGAAGACACCACAGAUUGCCUGAGCACUAUGGCCUGCGUGUGCCGGGUCAUGUUGGAAACUCCGGAAUACCGGUGCCGUUUCACUAACACAGACACUAUGUUGUUCUGCAUGCGUGUUAUGGUGGGCGUCAUUAUCCUCUACGAUCACGUUCACCCCGUGGGUGCCUUCGCUAAAACCUCCAAGAUUGACAUGAAGGGCUGCAUUAAGGUGUUGAAAGAGCAGCCUUCAAACAGUGUGGAGGGACUGUUGAAUGCACUGAGGUAUACAACAAGACAUCUAAAUGAUGACAGCACCUCGAAACAAAUCCGCGCUCUGCUUCAAUGAGGGAGAUGCCUAGAGAGAAAGGGAUGAAAUCGAGUGGGUAUGAGAAAGAGAAAGAGAAACAGAUGAAGAAGGAAGUUGCUGACAGAGAACAAAGUAUGAAGGCUGGAAGUUUUAGGGUGAUACCCUCAGAAACCUGUUUGUUUACAUGAAUGAAAUGCAAAAUCAAUUUCAAUUUCAAAAGUUAAAUAGGGAAAAAUGGAAAAAAGUAUAUAAUAUAUUGUCAGUUGUUCAUCAUGUCUUUGAUUUUUUGUAAAAACACGAAAAGAGAUUAUAGAAAAAUAUAUAUAUAUGUAGGUAUAUUAAAAUAAAAAAGCUGAAACAGAACCAUGGCUUACCAGAUGAAAAGAUUUAAGGAAAACAAAUGCAUAUAUUAAAGCCCUACGAUAAGAAACAAAAACAACAAAUAAGGUCCAUAUAACGAUGUACUUCUGCAGAUUAUUUUUGCACAUAGAUAAUCCCCUUAAUAAUUUUAAAGAUUUUGAAAAUUGCUUCACAUUGUAUAGUGUAUAGUGUGUAUAGUGCCGCUAACUUCAAUUCAACUUCCAUCAGAUUUUUAAGGCACACUCUUCUUCAUCUACUUCCAUUGUAUUCUGCAGGAGUAUUUUAAUACUGCGCUCCCUUUCCAAGUUUCAGUUACGAAAUUAAUUUGUGAAUCAUGCCAUGCUAUAUCUGCAGAACUCAGUAUCUAUAAAACAAAAGAUUUGCAUUGCUGUAUAUAUUUGAAAAGCACAGGUUAAGUAUUUUUGUUUGACUUACUCACUAGUGCUGUACAGCAAUACUGAAAUAAAAGAACGACUGCAGAAGCAGUGUAGAAUAAGCUGUUUUGUGCCAAUAUAGAACGAACAGUGAACAUUUCAUGAACAAAACAAAGGCCUUAGUAAGAUGUACAUGCUAGGCACUGAAUUAGGAAUCGUUCUGCUUCAGCAAACUGUGUGAGAAGGAAUUCAAAGAAAGCCAUGAAACUCUAUUUCAGAAGCCACUCACAUUACACUCAGCACUCUAGCUACUUUCUCUGCAACCAUCUCAUCUGAGGACCUGGAGUUUAUCAGGGGUCCAUUACAUAUUGAGCGAACUACAGAUCCCUAAUAAUCAGCCACUUAACAACAAACUCCAUGCUGUACAACAUUAAAACAUACAAUCAUAGUGUGUUAAACCUAUUGAUCAGAAAUACUGCUAAAUCUGAUCAUGACAUUGCCUAUUACUCUACUCAAGUUCAAGUCUUGGGCACAUUUAUUUUGGUUGAAAAUUGAAACUUAGUCAUUCUGACUUCUACUCACUUACAGACACACACAUACACAUGCACAUAGACACACAAUCACAAACACACACACGCACACGCACACACACACACAAAGGGCAUCCAGCUGAAAAUAUGUAGAAGGUUUUGGUGUAAAUAAGUGAAUAGCAGAGGAUUUUCCACCAGCCAUCUAAAAGGCCAUGGAACUGAUGCGCUUAAAGUCAACUAGAGAAUGUUUCUUUUAGUAAGAUGCAAUUUUAAAGAAAGAUCAUGUCAUAAAUGAGUGAGUAUUUAAAAAAAAACAAAUUAUUUACUAAAAAUUAAGAUGCAACAAAUACAGUGUUGUAUUUCGGUGUCUAUAGCCCUUAGUUUAACUUCAUUUGAUCUGACAGUAUAUUUUUUAUACAGGGGUAUGUUCACAAACAUAUUCUGUAUAAAUAAAUAGACAGCAUGCUGUACAACUUCAGAUAAAAUUGUGUAAAUACAGUGUUUUUAAUUCAUUUUCAAAUGUUCAGUGACUGAAUUGGGUGUGUGUUGUGUCUAAGAAACCUUGCAUUUGGCUUGGACUAUUGGACUUGCUGUAGUCAUAGGUUCCAGCUCUUCAACUUCAUACUGGCGGAGAAAGUAAUGGGCAAGUUGGAUAGGGGAGGGAGGGGACUGUCCAUCUGCUUGUUAUUUUGUACAUUUUGUGCAACAAUAAACUUCUCAUUUAUUAAGUUCA